CCAUGGUGGAACCAAAAGAUGUGAUGGAGAAGAUCCUGGAGGUCUCCUCCAGCCAGUCUAGAAGACCUGGUGUACGUUCAGGGUUAAAUUUUCUCUAUUCUCUCUCCCUUGGAAGUUCUUGUUCUCCUGGUUCUACAGGAUGAGGUUUUGAUGGCUCAUCAUGUGUCCUGGCAGCCACACAUCCCAACGCACACAGACAGUGCCUGUCUAAGUGUGACGGUCCAAACGGCUAGUGUCGGGAUGGGACAAGAAUGCUAAGCGUGGUGAGAGCAACCCCCAUGCAGCAGCAUAAAACCCUUGUUGAACAGUGUAACAUGGUCUCCGUAAGGCCACAUACCUCCCCUGUGUGCCGUGAAUGGACAGAGGCUGCCGUAGGAGGCCUUAGUUCUAGCUGGGGGCAGAGGGGACAGUAGACUGCAUUGUCCCAUUGCUAAAGCGAGGCCGUAGAACACACUGAAGAACACAUUGUUGAGCAACACAAUCGGUGGUGACAUCACUUAGGUCCGUGGCAUUGUGCCUCCCUAGAACUGAUCUCAAGUGACUUGAGUUAUACUGUACGUGGCUGCUGGAAAAGGUGUAAUGUUGACUGAGCCCAAGACUAACUUCUGAGACUCAAGGGUGUGGUCUAUUUGAAUACAUUUUGUUGAAUCUAGUGUGGAUGAGAGGCGUAAAUGUAGUAGAAUUCAAUGAAAACGUAUUGGGGGGUAUUUACACUUGGUCACUUCAUGAGUUUUUACUGAUUGGACAGCUAUGCGAUCAUGAAAAGACCAAGUGUAAAUGCUCUUCAAGACUGGUUCGAGACCUCCGGAGGUGGUUUGAGAUGCAUUCCAGAUAAAACUUAAGUGUAAAUGCAUCUGGCUGUUCAAGCUACAAAUGUAAAAUUUACUCCGCCCAAACAGCGAUACGUCAGCAUUGGAAAAAUGUGAAAUAUUUAACAGCUGCUAUACCGAAUAUUUGCUUUUGGCUUGCAUUGCACAAUAAAUAAUAACAAAUUAAGAAAUGGAUGCACGUUGUUGGAGAGAGAGAACUUUUUUUCUUUGUUUAUUUGAUGCAGAUGGCUGACAAAACUAAAACUAAACACUGACAAUAAGUGCAGCUGACGCACAUGGACAUAUCAAGCCCAGAGGGGAAAAAUACACAGUGCACGGACACACGGGCACUGGACAAAGUCACUUGGAAUCAAAUAAUAAAUCACAUCUUUUUUAUUUGCUGCCCGCCAUUAGUAUAAUCACAGAAGUUAACUCUUGUUUUAAUUGCAUAUAGCGCUGGAAUUGAAGAAAUGAGUAAUAUCUAUUUAGCGGAGCCGUAUUAAUGUGGCCAAGUGUAAAUGGAAUGUGCUUAUUCAAUCGAAAAGCAAUCCGAUCAUUAAAAAUGCAUGAAGUGACCAAGUGUAAAUACCCCCUUAGUGUUGACGUUGUGUGUGGUGAAAUUAGUUAUCACUGAAGAAUUGUGCUCUGUUGUCCAAUUGUGAAAAUGAGAACAUUUGUGGAGAAAAAUUUAAAGUGAUCUUUAAAAUAUAUUUGUAUUUGAAAUUGAGAUGCUUGCUUAGUGUGUUCAACAAGAAAUAAAACAUUUUUCAUCAUUGUUUUCAAAGCAAUAUGCCUUCAAAAUAACACAAAGAAUGUUUUGACUAUUUCAACUAUGUCCAUUUAUUAACAAUUAUGAUAUUCUUCUUUUUGUAUUGGUUAAUUUAUGCAACAUUGACAUAAGAUUAAGAGAGCAUAAAUGAGCAAUUAACAUUUUUAUUCUAAGGCUAUGGAUGAAGUUAUGACUUUCUUAUGACUUUGUUAGUAUUGCUUGCUUUUAACUCAACUCAAACUGAAUUCUCCCUGCAAAAUCCAUUCUCACAAUCUUGAUCUUUUUCCGACUUAUACCCUUCAGCAUAUGAACAACAGCUGUUCCAGUUGCGGCGACAGGUCAUGCCACACACACCCUCACACACAUGCAUGCAUACUCUCUACAUGGUCAUUAUCAUAUUAUCUGUUGUUUUCUAUUUCUACAGCAAAAGUGUGAAUGGCAUCCUCAGUUCCAACCUAAUUUAAGAUUUUCUGUGAAGACUUUGUUGGAAAAGUACACUGCGGAGCCCAUUGAUGACUCGUCGGAGGAGUUUAUAAACUUUGCUGCAAUUUUGGAGCACAUCCUCAGUCAUCGCUUUAAAGGUCCAGGUGGUUGGUUCAGUUCAGAUGGCCAGAGGAGUUUUUGGGAUUAUAUUCGUCUGGCCUGCAGUAAAGUCCACAACAACUGCAUCAGUAGCAUUGAGAGCAUAGAGAACAUUAGCACAUCACGUGCAAAGGGACGAGCCUGGAUUCGUGUGGCUUUGAUGGAGAAGCGUCUGUCUGAAUAUGUAGCCACGGCAUUAAGAGACACUCGAACCACCAGGAGAUUCUAUGAUGAUGGCGCUAUAAUGCUAAGGGAGGAAGCUACCGUUCUGACUGGGAUGCUAAUUGGACUCAGUGCUAUUGACUUCAGUUUCUGUCUGAAGGGAGAGGUUUUGGAUGGAAAGACACUUGCGGUGAUUGACUACACACCUUAUCUGAAGUUCACCCAGAGUUACGACUACCUGAGUGAUGAGGAUGACCGCCACAGUGUGGACAGCAGUGCCAGUGAUGAGAGCGUAGCCGAGCACCCUUACAUUCCUCUGGUCACAGAUGAAGAGAACUGGAGCAACAAGUGCCGAAAGAUGGAGCAAAGGUUCAAGAUCGUCUAUGCACAAAAGGGUUAUUUAGAGGAAUUAGUGCGCUUGAGGGAGUCCCAGCUGAAAAAUGUAGAAACUGAGAACAAGAGGCUAGAUGCUAAACUAGAGGAACUGCGGAUCCAGAGCCAACAAGAAAAGCAAGAACUGGAGGCCAUCAUACUGGAGCUACAAGCACAAAUCACUGGUAUCAUUCCUUGUGAGUCCUCUCAUUUGGUAAAAGGUCUGUCCAUUCCGCUCAUCAACCAAUGGACAACUGCACAAGGCGCCAACAACCAAGGAAACGUAAAGGUGUUUCGUCGAAGAAGUUUUCACAGUUUGGACCUCUCGGCUGAUGCAAGUUUGAACUCUGACUCUCAGAAGGAAGACGGCAAUCUGAAUAGAGGCACAGCGUGGUCAGCAGAUAAAGACAACACUCCAUCGAUGCUGGGUCUAUGUGGUUCUUUGGCUUCUCUACCCAGCUGUAAGUCUCUGGCAAGUCUCAAAUCCAGUGAGUAUUUGGUCAACAUCAGCACAGAGCCAAGUCCUGCUCUCUCUCCCAGCUAGGGGGCACCAAAAUCCAACCAACAAGACAUUUCUCAGCUCCAGCUUUACUUUUCUUUAGGUGACAACACACCCACCCUGCUAACAUCUCCCAAUGUCCCUAUAGUGAUCUGAAACAAAGCAUUUUUACUAUGAGUAUUGAAAAAAAAUGAAACAUACAGUAUAUUAAAAUUACCCCAUAGAGGUACCUUUUUCUGAGUUUUUUAGUUUCACUACAAGAAAUGUUACUGUAUGUGAAUUUGGUAUUGAAGUGUAGGAUGCAGUCUUGAAAAAUUCAUGAAUGACAACCCCCCUCAGCACUCCCUUAUUUUUCCAUCCUUAUUUAGCAACCUAAUUUUCACUCUUGUCUUCCUCCACCCUUUAAAGUCUUCAUCAGCAUGUUAGAGUCUUUGUAACAUUCCCUGAGCCCAAGACCAUAUCAGUUAGGCUUGAAUUUCCUGGGAUUUUCAGCACAAAAGGCACAUAACAGAUCAAAGUGCAUUGCCUUCUUCCUAUGCUUAUUAACUUAAAAGGUAGUUCAGCCAAAAAGGAAAAUUCUGCCAUUAUUAAUGGAUAUUCCAGCAGAAAAUAUCAGAAUAAAGAGACGGAGACCGAGGGAGUGAGGGGACGGAAGCUGCUGCUUGUAUCUGCAUGUGAAGCUUUAUUAAGGCUGUAAAUGCCUCCACUGACUACAUGUACUUGCUCUAAUGACAGUAAUAUGAUGUGAGUGCAAGUAUGUCAACUUGUCAGCUAAAUUGAAAACUUUUGUCUUAUUUAUCUUACUGGUGUCACUUUAUUUCUUGUGUUUCUUAUGUUUAUGCAUACAUAAUUGUCUAUUUUGUUAUACAGUGGCAGUGCUCUGCUGUUUAGUCAUUUUGAAUUGUAAUAAACUAUUAUUUUGUUAUCCCAA